AUGCACAUCACCGCACUUUUGAAGAUCCUCCUGUGGGUGCUGGGUUCAUCACUGGUCCUAAGUGGCCCGAUUGUUCCGCCAAAUGCCACGGCGCCAUGGCACCCCUUCACGAUCGAUACAAACUUCUACGACAACAUCCCGGACACCGGUGUCGUUCGCGAGUACUGGUUCGACAUUGUCAACACGACCGCCGCGCCGGAUGGAGUCGAGCGGCCCGUCCUGUUGGUGAACGGCCAAUUCCCUGGCCCGGCCAUCGAGGCGAACUGGGGCGACACGGUCAAGGUGCACGUUACCAACCGGAUGAGCAACAACGGCACUGCCAUGCAUUUCCAUGGCGUUCGACAACUGCACAACAACCAGAUGGACGGCGUGGCGUCCCUGACGCAAUGUCCCGUCGCACCCGGACAUAGCUACACGUAUGUGUGGCGCGCGGAGCAGUACGGCUCCAGUUGGUACCAUUCGCAUUUCUCGCUGCAGGCGUGGGAGGGCGUGUACGGGCCAAUUGUGAUUCACGGGCCCGCGACGGCGCAGUAUGACGAGGAUCUGGGCGUGGUCUUCCUGAGUGACUGGGCGCAUCAGACAGUCGACGAGAUGUAUCAGAGCCAGCUGGAGACGUAUGGCACACCGCAGAUGGAGGGUGGAUUGCUGAACGGGAUGAAUGUCUGGGUGAAGCCGGAAGGGACGACGGUGGGUGGUCGUUUCGAGACGAUGUUUAAACCAGGCAAGAGAUAUCGCAUUCGGCUCAUAAACGCCGCCAUGCACACUCAUUUCAAGUUCUCGAUUGACGGGCACGAGCUCACGGUGAUCGCCAAUGACUUUGUCCCGCUCGUUCCGUUCACCACCAACGUCGUGCCUAUCGGCAUGGGGCAGCGUUACGAUAUCAUCGUCACCGCUGAUCAGACGCGGGAUAACUACUGGAUGCGCGCAGUCCCGCAGACUUUUUGCAGCAACAACACCAACGGCGACAAUAUCAAAGGAAUUGUGCGGUAUAAGGGUGCUCCGCACGCAGAGCCAGUGUCGUCCAAAUGGGACUAUGGGGACGAUGUGCAAUGCGAGGAUUUUGUGAUGUCACAGCUCGUGCCGCAUUUGGCGCUUGACGUCGAUCUAAAGAAAAACACCAAGCUUGUUAACUCGCCAGCAGCCGUUGACGCCGUCGGCGACCCGAAGCUCUACCUUUGGACGGUCGGAGGGAAUGCCUUCAAUGUCUCCUGGCGAGACCCGACACUCCGGCAGACGGAACAUCCAGGCAAAAUCCAGUGGACGGCAGGACAAGGCGUGGUCGAGGUCGACAAGGCCAAUGAAUUGGUCGUCUUUGUCAUCCAGACGUAUAUUCAGGCACCGCAUCCUAUUCAUCUCCACGGACAUGACUUUUUCGUCCUUGCCCAGGGCCUAGGAACCUAUGACCCGCGCAACGUUACACUGCAGACAAGGAACCCUCCACGAAAGGACACGGCCAUGCUGCCAUCGCAGAAUGAUGGCGGGGGAUAUCUGGUGCUGGCGUUUCCGGCGGACAAUCCCGGUGUGUGGCUGAUGCACUGUCAUGUGGGCUUCCAUGCGACGGAAGGGUUUGCACAGCAGAUCGUCGAACGGCGGAGCGAGUUUUAUGAGUUUCUGGAUCGGGGCACAUUAGAGCGGACGUGUAGGGCGUGGGAGAAUUAUGCGCGACGGAAUCCGUACGGGGUGCAGUAUACGGGGAUCCAUGGGCCCUAUGACUCGGGGGUUUGA